UCUGUGUGUUUCCCACAUUUCACACAAACACACAGAAUACUGAAGAAUGGGAAUCACCAAAAGAAGUUCCCUCCUAAUCUUCUUGCUAGUUUUUGUCUCAACCUUGAUCCAUGCCAAGGCAUAUCAAAGCCAAUUCUGUGGCAGAAGAUCAACACGAUGCUUUGGAAAGUACAUCAAGUGUCCUAUUGAAUGCCCUAACAGUGAAACAACAGAUCCUAAGGCUAAGGUUUGCCACAUUGAUUGCAACAAACCUAUUUGCAGGGCAGAAUGCAGAAGUCGUAAGCCAAACUGCAAUGCACCAGGAUCAGGAUGCUAUGAUCCCCGUUUCAUUGGUGGGGAUGGUAGAGUCUUCUACUUCCAUGGAAAGAGCAAUCAACAUUUCUCCUUAGUUUCCGAUUCCAACCUUCAAAUCAAUGCUCGUUUCAUAGGACACAGACCUGCUGGUAGGACCCGUGACUACACUUGGAUUCAAGCCCUUGGAAUUCUCUUCAACUCCAAAACCUUCUCACUUGAGGCCACCAAGACACCCAAAUGGGAUAAUGAUCUUGACUACAUCAAAUUCACCUACAAUGACGGACAUGUAGCCCUAGCCGAAGGCCCUCUCUCGACCUGGUACAAUGAGGAAAAAGAUGUGAAAGUGGAGAGAGUGGCAAACAAGAACAGUGUGAUGGUUACACUGAAAGAUGUGGCUGAAAUCUUGGUGAAUGUUGUGCCAGUAACCAAAGAGGAUGACAGAAUCCAUAACUACCAAGUACCUUCCGAUGACUGUUUUGCUCACUUGGAAGUUCAGUUCAGGUUCUUUGCCUUGUCCCCAAAAGUUGAUGGUGUGCUCGGUAGGACUUAUAGGUUGGAUUUUGAGAACCCUGCAAAGGCUGGUGUGGCUAUGCCUGUUGUUGGAGGAGAAGACAGGUACAAAACUAAGUCAUUGCUCUCUCAUGAGUGUGGUUCUUGUGUGUUUUCUCAGGGAAGUUCAUUUCAGAAAGAGACCACUCUCCAAGUGAUGGAACAUGCCACCCUUGAUUGCACCAAGUUCUCAAAUGGCUUCGGAAUUGUCUGCAGGAAAUAACAACUCUUUUCCUUUUACCGUGUUUAACGUUGUGUUUGUUAUGUAUGUUAAGAAACAACUCUAAUGCGUGGUUCAGGUGAAAAUCCGAAACCUCGCCUUUUGGAGUCAUCAAUAAUUCUACCCUUGUACUUGAAUUUAUCUGUUGUAUGCUCAGUUGCUCAUUGUAAUGUUAAAUGUAAACUUCAAUUUA